CCGGACACCGACUUACGCUUCUAUACGCCAUCUUCCGUAUUCACUCAACUGUUGACUGUCAAUCCGGUCUUUCUGGAAUAAAAACCUCCAAAACCAUAAAAUGCGAUACAACCGCAUGCUGCUUGCUGCAACUUAACUCCACCUGCUUGAACUAGUGGUACACAUCAGUCAAUCAAUCCAAUCGCCUGACGACAUACCUACCAACCUACCUUGCCCGAAGAAGGUCAAGGUUUCGUCGCAACUUGUCGCAUCCCGGCCACCCGAGGAAGAAGCUGUAACUUUGGAGCAAACCAUCGGAGGUACAAACGUCACCGCCACUCUUAAAACACUGCCCUGGUUCGCUCUCAACCAUGGCGACUUCGGAGCCAUUUCCACUCCUCAGUACCUCAGCCGAUCAGCUUCACAACGUUGCUGACCGUGUUUCCGCCUCUGCUAUCCGGAGGCGGAGACAAUCUAGCGGCCUGGGUUCCGAGUUGCGCGUGGGAGAUACGGGAGCCCCAGGCCUGGCUACAAGCAUCGCCAAUAUGGGCCAAAAUAAAGAUGUCACCAAGCGUGCUCCUCGCAAGCGCAAGGCCUACUUCCGCCGGUUCAAACAAUUCGCUACCAAACACACCUGCGUCCUGCCGCUUAUACUCCUCUCCAUCUUCCUCUCGCUUUACGCCAUCAACCCGACCGAGUCAAACCCCGUCAGCCGCUUCAUAUUUCUAUCAUACGAACUACCCCCUGAAGGACCGGGAAAGCCUCCGCAGUAUGGAAAGGGCCGCUGGGAUAUCGCUUUUGUCACCUUCUACACCGUUGUUCUCUCCUUCACGCGUGAGUUCAUCAUGCAGGAGCUUUUGCGACCCCUUGCACGUUAUGCCGGCGUCAAGAGCCGUGGAAAGCAAGCCCGCUUCAUGGAGCAGGCCUAUACGGCAAUCUACUUUGCCAUCCUCGGGCCCGCUGGCAUGUAUGUCAUGAGCCGCACCCCGGUUUGGUACUUCAGCACACACGGCAUGUAUGAGAACUUCCCGCACAAGACCCACGAGGCCUAUUUCAAGUUCUAUUACCUUUUUCAGGCCGCCUACUGGGCCCAGCAAGCCAUCGUCCUCGUCCUCGGCAUGGAGAAGCCUCGCAAGGACUUUAAGGAGCUGAUUGCCCACCAUAUUGUGUCCCUGGCCCUCAUUGCUCUCAGCUACCGCUUUCACUUCACCUACAUCGGCCUUGCCGUCUACGUCACCCAUGACAUUAGCGAUUUCUUCCUCGCUACGGCCAAGUUGAUGAACUACAUUGACCACGCCCUCACUGGGCCUUACUUUGCCUUUUUCAUGGGCGUCUGGAUCUACCUCCGCCACUUUAUCAACCUGCGCAUCAUCUGGAGUUUGCUCACCGAGUUCCAAACCGUGGGCCCGUUUGAGCUGAACUGGGAAACCCAGCAGUACAAGUGCCGCCUGUCGCAGGUCAUCACGCUGAGCCUGUUGUCCUCGCUUCAGGCCCUGAACCUCUUCUGGCUGUUCUUUAUCGUCCGCAUCGCCUACCGUUUCGUCUUCAACGACAAUCUUCGAGACGACCGCUCCGAUGUCGAGAGCGAAGCCGAGGACUCGGCCGGCGCCACCGCCACUGCCAACGGAGCGUCGGUGGCCAACGGCUCAGCCAUCAAGAAGAGGAAGUAGGUGGCGGAAGGGGAGCGACGUUUGCCUCCUCGCACCAAUGUCACCAUGCGUGCAACACGCCUGGUUUCCUUGUUUUGUUUUGGAUAACACUUGAUCCGGACCGCAAACAAUGGGAAGGGCUCGUGUACGAUCUGCUUUCAUCCGAUGACAACUGUCUGCUUGAAUACAGCGGUACUAUAGAAGCAAAAAGUUACGAGAUGCGAAGCGGAAAGAAAUCGCUGCCGAGUAUUGGUAUUAAUCUUGGGCCCCGUGGCAGGGGCAACGAUUACAUUUUAUGCGAACUUGACAUUGUAUGUCCAGUUCGCCAGGAUACAUGAUAAUGAAGGGGUACGGCUUUGGUCUUUCUUCUUGUAAAUAUGUUAAGCAUAGCUAGUCACCUGUUUUAAUAAGUUAGGGGUAGCAAGUAUAGGUUUGCGAUAAUUGGACCUGCAUUUUCCACA